UAAAAGAAGUGACAGUAGUAGAAGUGUCUUGGGUGUGCAGUAACCUCUUUAGAAAUUUCGACUUUAACACCUAACCAGUCUUUACAAGUAACGACACUUUAUGUUUAGCAGGUUAUUUUCAGGAGGGACCACAAUGGCCUCUUGUCUGUCUGCUGUUGCUGAACAGCUUUUGAGAGACAUCCAUAGGGAGUACUCGGAGAAAGGCCAAAUACCAGAUGACCUACUAAUAGCGUUGAGGUUUGUGUUUGGCUCCUGUGUUCUGCAUGCCUUGGAUCUUGUGGACCGACGCGCCGUAACGUGUGUGUCCUCCCCAAGUGGCCGAGUGGCCUUCCAGUGGACACUCAGUGGCCAGUGUGACACGUUUCCGCUAAACGCCCACUGUGCUGAGAGACCAUGGACAAUAAACGCUAACGGAUGGACUAUUAUAAGAAAAGCCAUGACUCAGAAACGGUCUUUCCUCUGUUUCGUCUACCACAAUUCAGGUUCCCGCCUUUUGUUUUUGUUGGCUUGGCCAACACAAUGUACCUCAUUCAACAGAUAUUUUGAGGUUCUUCCAGGAAUCUUUUACUGAUGUUAAGACCUUGAAAAAGAAGAUUGGGUGUUUGGGUUUUGACAAUUUACUCCUUCCUUUAGAUGAUGUUUUAACUGUGUGUGAAAACUGGCUGUUCAAUGUGAGGAACAUGUUCAACUGCCAAGACAAACAGCAAUAAUACGUGGUAUUCUGCUCAUUCCAAUUGUCUUACUUCCUGCCAUACUACCUAGCUGCUAGCUUUAGCAUAUUGCUGAUUCCUAAAACAUGUGGCGUGUGCAGAAAUGUGAACGUUGGAGGUGUAUUUUCUGUUCUUUAGGCAAGUCACAGUUCAUAUUCAGCAACAUGAGAUCAGGUUUGAGAAAGGUUGUUGGAAUUGGAGGGAUGAAUGUCCUGAGGUGUUUUCUCUCCUGCAGUAGAAGAGCUCUGGGGGAAUCUCAGUGUAGUCACAUAGCAUGAGGUUAUCUGUGAUUCAGGGAUCCAAGCUUACACAAACUGCCCACAGCUCAAGCUGAAUGUCUGUCUUUUUGGACUUUAAACACCAUAGAAAUUUCUCUCAGUGCCAACACCAAGUGGUUGUGUUGGAACAAAAUUGGAGUCUGAGGCCUUGAAGCAAAUGUCUGGCUGGUUUUUAAUUUAAGGAGUUCUCCUUGGGCAGUUGGAUACACUUAGUUAAAUAUUAGCCUUAAGCCUUCAAUUAGUCUUUAAUUGAGCAAACCGUAACGUAAAGAGAUGACAUUUAGUUUUGAAGAAGGAGGGUAAGGGUAGAAACGACUUCUUGAUAAUAGGAUUGAACACCUAAUGUGGUUUCACACAAUACAAUAAUCAUUGAAAGAUUCCCCGUGACAGUCACAUUCAUUCAUGGCUGGUAUGAGAGAGAACGAAGUGUCUUUCUGAAACUGUUGCUUUUGUAGCAGUGGGUUUUAAAACAACUUCCAAAUAAAGUGUAUUGUUUAUGAUGUGGAGAAAUUAUUUGCAUACUGUAGGGCAUUAUUGUAACUAAGUGCUCAGUACUCAUGCAGCAGAUGUACUUAUGAAUGUCCCUUUACUGUAUUAUGUGUCAGCAUUGUGAUAAUAGCUAGCAUAUGACAUUUUUUUGCUUUUUUGCACAAAAAUCCAGUUAAUCACCCCCUAAAAAAUCGAGUUAUUGAAAUUGAGAUAAGAACUUUGGAAAUCAAAUAAACCUCUCCAGGUACUACUGAGCAUUCUAUAUAAAACACUGUGAUGUACUGUAGUGUACCUUAAAUCACCGCACCAGUUGAGAGUGUCAAACUGCAGGGAGGAAGGUCCCGUUCUGAUUCAUUUCUGACCCGUACCAGUUCCUUUGGUGAAGACCAUUUUUAAACUCAACACGGUCACUUUCCAUAUAGUUCAUAGAGGAGAUGGUCUGCAUUAUUUUAAAAAUUGACACAUAAUUCUAAUAAUAGCUUAGAUUUUUUGCUUUUGAUAGUGUUUCUUAGGAAUAUUUAAAGGAAGCAAAUGACACAAGGAAUUUUCCUAAAAUCUGAUGUUAAUGAUGACAUUAAAUUUUGCAUUUGAACACUGGUUUGGAUCAGAAUAUAAGCAUACAAUGAUAUGUUAAAAACAAGACAGCUGGAUGGUCCGGAUUUCACCAGACUGCCAUCCCCUGCUAAGACAUUCUUCACUCAAGAGCAGUGUCUGACAUCUUAGACACUUGAAAAUUUCUGAAGGGUUGCGUAGAAUAUAAAUAUGAUCUCCCGUGUCUUACAGCUGAAAGUGUCUUGAUUCUUAGAGGCCUGCUAUUUCGAAGGCUGAUCUGUGCCAUAUUGGUCUAAUUACAGUAGAUACGUAAAGCACAAGUGAAGUACAUUAGUGCAGUGUCCUAGAAUUCAUGGUCGUGUUAAAAUUUGACUAAUCUUUUGUUACAUGGCUAAUGAAUGUCUGUUGGCUUUAUAAUGGCAGCUCUUGUCUGCAUGUCCAGAUUGGAAAAAAUAAAAACUAUUUAAAAUGAGAGAACUUCAUUUAUGAACAGCUGUUUAUCAGCAUACCAACAUUAAUACUGAUUCUAUAACUAUUAAUGUACAUUUCUUUUUUCAUGCAGCAUUCCUCAAUAAAGAAGCGUGUAUAAAGUAUAUUUAAGCAUACUACUUCCCCCCCAGUGUUUUAUAAGAUUCUGUAAAUACAUAAAAAUACAUUAUAAUGCAUGUACAACACAAAACACGGCGUAUCAAGGCAAUGUACUCUAAAUUAUGUCAACAGCUUUAAACAUGAGGUAUUCCAUUAUCAGCAGGUUCAGCAGAACAUCAGUAAAUCUCUUUCCAACUCACUUGUACAACACUGAAUAUCUGUUUUUUUCACAGGUUUCAUUUUUUUAUUUGAAAAAUUAAAUAUUUAAAUGUCAUUUACUAAGGGUCGUUUUAUUAUAAAAACCCGAAUAUAUGAAACACUUGGUUUUAAACAAGUGUACUUAUUUUGUAGAGAGAGCUGUGUAUAUGGUGCCAUGAGUAUGCUGUCCACACUGUGCAAAACAAUGCUCUCCAGUCCUCUACGUGCAUGAUGUUCUUGUUUUGGAGGAGAGUGUUUGUAAUGAUGGCGCUUCUCUUCACGCAGACCCAGUUCUUCUUCCUCAUGUCUCUGGUUGUGAGGGGGAUAGAUUUUCAUUAA